AGUUAUAUGUGUUAUGACCUCAGGUUCCAGAAUUCCAAGGCAGCAUCCCUUCAGGGAGAUAUAUCUCUUUGGAUCAAGCCCAAGUUUACCAUCAGUCAUCUGGCUGGGAAAAGGACAGCUCAAAAGAAAACACCUUGCCAAUGAACUGGCUUGCACGUUUUUUCUCGAAGCAUCCUGUGGAUGAUUCUUUAUCCCAUGCCAAUUCACCGCUUUUGUUUCCAUUCAUAUCGUCUGAAGAUGAACGAUACUUUUUUUCCAACUUGAGGAGCCACAGAGUAGCCAGCCCCGUGCUAAAGCAGCCAGCCCGUGGGGCCAGUGGAAGGACCACGGUCACAGCGAUUGUCCAGACUGGUGGGGACUGGAGCACCGGCCUCUUGAGCGUCUGCAGAGAUAGGAGAGUGUGUCUCUGUGGUCUGUUCUGUCCGAUGUGUCUGGAGUGUGACAUUGCCAGGCGUUAUGGAGAGUGUCUUUGUUGGCCCUUGUUACCUGGGUCCAGCUUUGCAUUGAGAAUUGGCAUCAGAGAGAGAUAUAAAAUACGGGGCACGUUAUGCACGGAUUGGCUGGUGGCGCACUGCUGUUGGCCUCUUUCCGUCUGUCAGGUGGCUCGGGAACUCAAGAUGAGGACCUCCUACCUCUAUGAAAUCUCUGUGGUCCCUGCACCUAAGGAUGCCUUGGUCUGACAGAGACAACUCCUCACUCUUCAUACCUUCCUUUCAAACCCUCCUUCAAAGUGUUCCCCCUUCACCCUGAUUUUCACUAAAUAGUAUGAAAAUAAAAUUAUUACU